AUUGCCAUUUUUCUUUUAUGUCGUCGUUGCUUUCAUUGUCGGAGAUCAAAGCCGCCACCAGAAACUUCAACGAUGGUUCUAUUAUCGGUGUUGGUGGGUUCGGCCACGUGUACAAAAGGAGCAUCGAUCAGGGCACCCUUGUUGCGAUCAAACGGCUUAAACCCGAGUCGCAACAAGGGGUCCCGGAGUUUAGGGCGGAGAUCUAUAUGCUCUCCCAACUCCGCCACCAACAUUUGGUGUCUCUCAUCGGGUACUGUAAAGAUAGAAGGGAAAUGAUCUUGGUGUAUGAGUACAUGGAAAAUAAGACUCUUUAUGAUCAUCUAAUGAACCCAAAAUCCGAUCCUAAUGCACAACCACUUCCCUGGGAAAAACGGCUCCAGAUUUGUAUUGGCGCAGCGCGUGGUUUGCACUACCUUCACACUGGUGGUACGGAAGGCACCAUCAUUCACCGUGAUGUAAAAAGCACAAACAUUUUAUUGGACGAGAAUUGGGUGGCCAAAGUUUCGGAUUUCGGGUUGUCGAAAAUGGGCUCAAUGACCAUGUCCAAGAUCCACAUUACCACGACAGUGAAGGGUAGUUAUGGGUAUUUGGACCCAGAAUACAUGCUCCUAAAUCAAUUGACCGAGAAGUCAGAUGUGUACUCAUUCGGCGUCGUGUUGUGUGAGGUGCUGUGUGCAAGGCCAGCCCUGAUGCGUACAGUGGAGAAGAAGGAAAUGAGUUUGGCUAUGUGGUUCGAGGCCUGCCAUCAAAAUGGGGAACUUGAUCAAAUCAUUGAUCCAAGCUUGAAGGGUAAAAUUGAAGACGAAUGCUUCAAAGUGUUCGUUGAGAUUGCGCUGAGGUGGAUGCAUAAGAAUGGGAAACAACGUCCGUCGAUGAACAACGUGGUGGAGGUGCUUGUGCAAGCAUUAAAACUUCAGCAGAACGGAGAUAAGAAGGACGAGGAUGAUGAAACAAAGGAGGCUGCAAUUAUGAAUGAGAGCGAUGGAGGUUUUAGUUCCAACUGGACAGACUCGUCAGAUUCGAAGAACAGUAGUAGGAUGACCAACACCAGUAGUGACCAAAGUUGUUCGACCACCAACAAUUCCAUUAAAAGAAUGUCAGGGACAGUUUUUUCUGAGAUCAAAGAUCCCAGUGGAAGAUGA